GGGUCUCCUCCUUUUCCUACAGUGGUAGAAGAACUGAAGCCCAAUUUCCACUAUGCCUGGACUGAUGCUGUUUGGCCGGCGUUGGGCUAUCGGCAGUGAUGACUUCGUCUUCCCUGGAGCCUUUGAGUUGUUCAUCAGAGUGACCUGGUGGAUCGGAAUUUUGGUUUUGUAUUCCAUACACAAAGGACAAUUUAACUGUACCGGAGGAGGUCUGCUGAAUAACUACCUUCUCAUCCUCCUUAUCCUCUUGGCGUUCAUCAUAGCUGCUUUGUCGUCAGUCACGUACACUAGCAUGCAAGGAACCAUUUCCAACCCGGGGCCACGAAAAUCCCUUCCGAAACUUCUGUACGUCCGUCUGGCUCUUUAUAUCCCAGAGCUGGUCUGGGCUGUUGUUGGAACUGUGUGGAUCGCCGACAAGCGAAUCAAUUGCGAAAGAGCUAUGAGCGAUGCUAUUUUUGGGACCGUUAUUGUCAGCUGGGUGAUCAUGGUCUUCACGCUGGUGGCUGUUUUCAUUUUCUUUGACCCUCUUGGGAGGAAGUCGGUCUACCUGGCUGACUACGCCAGCCGCAAUCUGGAGAGCAGCCAGUCGGAGCAGCUGUUCUGCAACCUCAAGAAGAGGGCCACACGAGUCUGGGAAAAGAGAAUCCGGUUGUUGUGUUGUUGCAUUGUGCAAAACGACGAUCACCGCGUGGCUUUUACCAGCAUCGCCGAACUUUUCCGUUCCUACUUCUCGGAUACCGACUUAGUGCCAAGCGACAUAGCAGCAGGCCUGACUCUGCUCCACCAGCAACAGGAUAAGGUCGAAAAUUCAAAAGACCCCGAUGAAGUUUUAAUUCAGCCCCCAUCGCCUCCUUCAGGAAACGAUUUGGAGGUGGAAUUAGAAAACGCAGCUCAUUAUAUGAAGUUUGCAGUGGCAGCCUACGGCUGGCCUUACUAUGUCCUGGCGAAUCCUUUCACGGGUCUCUGUAAGCUUAGAGGGUUCUGUUGCAGAAACAGCUCAGCGCAGACGGAGAUCAUCGGGAGCGAUUAUCUUAACAUGCAUUUCGGUUCCAUCCUGCAGAUGACGGGACUGCAAAACAGAGACUUCAUCCACAUUAGCUUUCACAAUAAAAUUUUUGAGAUCCCUUUCUUCGUGGCCUUGGAUCACCAAAAAGAAGCUAUCGUGGUCGCUGUGAGAGGAACUUUAUCGUGUGAGGAUGUCCUAACAGACCUUUCAGCAGACUGUGAAAGCUUAACUCUUGAAGAUGUCCUAGACAAUGGUCUUGUCCAUAAGGGGAUAACCCAGGCUGCCAAUUAUAUUUAUAGGAGACUGAUAAACGAUGGGAUUUUGAACCAGGCGCUCAGCAUUGCACCCGAAUAUAAACUGGUCGUCGCUGGCCACAGCUUAGGAGGGGGCAUUGCCUCCAUCCUGGCUAUCAUGCUCAGAAACUCAUAUCCCAACAUGAGAUGUUAUGCUUUUUCUCCACCUGGCGGCUUACUGAGCAAAUCCCUUGCGGACUACACCAAGCAGUUCAUUGUGUCAGUCAUUGUGGGGAAGGACAUCGUUCCCAGGUUAAGCAUGCUCAAUUUGGAAGACCUGAAAAGGAGAAUCAUUAGAAUCGUUGCCAACUGUAACAAGCCCAAGUACCAGAUUCUCUUACAUGGAUGCUGGUAUGAAGUCUUUGGAGGCAAACCCGAUAACUUCCCCACCGAACUGGAUGGCAGGAACCAAGAUGCUUUGACCCAGCCUCUCCUCGCCGAAGAGAACCUGAUGGCCCAGCAGUCGCCUUUGUACACUAGUUUAGACGACAAUUCCCCUUUAGGGUCCAGCCCUCAGUACCCUCAUUUGUUUCUCCCGGGGAAAAUCAUCCACAUCGUCGAAGAAAACAGCACAAAAGGCUGGUUCUCUUCUGAAAUCAAGUAUUCAGCCAGCUGGUCGCGAGAAACCGCCUUUGGUAGUAUUUUAAUCAGCCCCAAGAUGAUCACCGACCAUUGGCCAGACAUAGUCCUCAGAGCUCUCCAGAGCUUGGUCCAAACCGAUACAUCUUGCGUUUCGUGUCGAUCCCAAGGUGAAGCUUUCUGAACGUUGUAUAAUGGCAGAGAUGGACAAGCACAACCUGACUGUGUGCCAGGUGUUCACAAGAACAGCAUUUUAGCAGUUCAGUUGUGUGUGUGUGUGUGUGUCUAAAACCAGAAACCAGAGAAAGAUCUUCAGAUGUUUCUGGAUGUCCGACCAACUUCGGUUGGGAUAACAUCUUCCGGACUGCUUGUAACGGACUGAGAUGUUGAAAGACGCGAUUUCAUGGAAGUUUUUAAUAGGUCACAUCUGCCCAGGGACUGUGGUGAUUUGAGAAGAACCCAACUGAUGGAAAGCGUUGGUUGAUGUGCUCCUGAAGACCCUUUAGAUCCAUCUACAUGUUUUUCGAAAGCACAUUGUGUUAUCGUCAAACCAACUCCCUGUGGCAUAGUGACCACACCUGAACUGCAGGGUUUACGAGGUACUUGUUAAAUGUGUAAGUAAAUCAGGAAUGUUGGUGAAAAUUAACGUCAAGAUUUUGGCUAUUUUGGAUAUGCACCGAUGGUGAUUAUGUUUCUACUGAUGAUCAGAAAUGUCUUGGGUUUUUCUUUCUUUCUUGAAAGGAAUGAGCAUUUUACAUGCUUUUCGUUGACGGAACUUUUAUUCUUGUGGGGGGAUCUGUGCAAUGACGUCUGUUUUUGUUUACCGUUCUCUUUAACACCGCUGAAUGUGCAAUUAACGAUAGAAAAUUUAAAAGCCACGGUCUUUGGUUCGUGUUAGCACAAACCAGAAAGAUAAUUUUAGCUCUGUAUCAAGAUUUAUUUAUUUUUUUAGCAAAACAAUCCUACCAUGCUGUAUAGAGCUGAUAAAAAGUUUGGCGCGACGGUCGUAAGGAACAAAUCCAGAUCAAGUUGAUUAGAGGAUUCUUCAAAACUUGAUUGCUGUUCCUAAUAAUGGUUGGUACCUUUUUAGGUGAUGUUCUUGGAUAGAUCUUCUAGUAGGCUAAUUUUUAACGCAUUCGCUUCCUGGGAAAAUUACGCAAAUCCAGGAACGGACAUGCUAUUCAAAACAAAUAUAUUUCUGAUCUGGAAGCGAACAAAAUUUGAAUUUGGCAUUCCUUUUUAAUCUCAGUCUGCUUUCGAUGGCGGCGAAUAAGAAGCAGGUCAGUUAAUGGGCUUUAAAAAACCCACAGGUAGUCCUCAAUUUA